UUCAUGAACCACUGAAUGGAAAAGCAGAAAAAGUGAAUCACAGGUCUUGUGAUUGUGGAAGUAUCUUUUCUGGAAGAUUACAGGUUUUUAAUGAUGAUGAUGGAUAAGCCUGGUGCUAAAUCAAGCUGCUGUCCUCAGAAGCAGUGAUGCCACAGCAUGCUCUCCCCACUGCUGGAGGAGGCCAGCUCUCUCUGUGACUGUUUACUGAGGUCUUGGGGGAAGAUUUGCACAGAUUUCCAUAAAAGUUAGUUAGUCAGUCCUGCUGCUUUACGAUGAAGAUCUUUCUGUGUUUACUGCUUCAUAGCUGGGUUUUUUCCCAGCUGGGACUGGUGUUCUCAUAUCUGAACAACUCGUCAUCAAACCAAAGACCAAACAUAGUGAUGGUCAUGAGUGAUGCGUUUGAUGGGAGAUUAACCUUUGCUCCAGGGAACAGAGUCGUCCAGCUACCGUUUAUUAACUACAUCAGAGAGAUGGGAGCUGUCUUCUACAACUCCUACACUAACUCUCCUAUAUGCUGUCCUUCAAGGGCAGCCAUGUGGAGCGGUCAGUUUGUCCAUUUAACUGAGGCUUGGAACAAUUAUAAAUGUCUCGCUCCCAAUGCCUCCACAUGGAUGGACCAUCUACGAGAAGCUGGGUACCACACCCACAGCAUGGGGAAGUUAGACUACACAUCCGGAGGCCAUUCUGUCAGCAAUCGUGUGGAGGCAUGGGCGAGAGAUGUGCCAUUUCUUCUAAGACAGGAAGGUCGUCCAGUAACUGACUUAGUAGGAGACACCUCCACAGUGAGGGUCAUGUCCAAAGACUGGAACACCACAGACAGGGCUGUGCAGUGGAUCAGGAAGAGUGCUACAGCUCUCUCACAGCCGUUUGCUCUGUACCUGGGGCUGAACCUACCCCACCCAUACCGCACAGAGGCCCUGGGCCCCACCGCUGGAGGCUCCACCUUCCGCACCUCCCCCCACUGGCUCAAAAGGGUCUCUGUUGAUCAGGUCUCCGUACCGAAGUGGUUGCCAUUUUCAGAAAUGCAUCCUGUUGAUUAUUACUCCACCUUCACCAAAAACUGCAGUGGCAUCUUCUCAGAGCAAGAGAUCAAAGAUAUUCGAGCCUUUUAUUAUGCUAUGUGUGCUGAAACAGAUGGCAUGCUGGGUGAGGUGAUAUCUAUUCUCAGAGAUACAGGCCUGCUAAACAACACUGUCCUGCUGUUCACAUCUGAUCACGGGGAUCUGGCCAUGGACCACAGGCAGUUCUAUAAGAUGUCUAUGUUUGAGGGCAGCUCCCAUGUACCCUUACUGAUGAUGGGGCCAGGGGUUAUAACAGGUCGUGAGAUCAGCUCACCAGUCUCACUUGUAGAUUUGUAUCCUUCAGUUCUUGAUUUUGCAGGUGUUCAAAUACCACCCGGCUUGAGUGGCCAUUCUCUGGUGCCUCUGGUCUCACGGGCUGGUCAGAAUUCUACACACCCUGGCUGGGUACUCAGUGAAUACCACGGUUGCAAUGCUAACGCCUCCACGUACAUGCUGAGGAUGGACAAGUGGAAGUACAUCACCUAUUCAGAUGGUUUUAGUGUCCCUCCUCAACUCUUUGACCUAUCCAAGGAUCACGCUGAGCUGCACAAUGUGGCCUCCCAUUACCCCAGUGUGUGUCAGCAGCUGGAUAAGCUCCUGCGCUCUAUAGUGGACUACAGCGGUGUCUCCAAGGCCGUCCAGCUCUACAAUAAGCAGCAGUUUCUGGAAUGGAAGCAGAGCCUUGGGAACAAUUACACACAGGUCAUCGCCAACCUGCGCUGGCACAUUGACUGGCAGAGGAAUGCACAGUAUAAUGAAAAGGCUAUUGAGGACUGGCUUGCAGGGUUGAAAUUAUCCAGUGCUUCAAAAAAGGAAAGAGUGAGAGCUUGCGGGUAGAAUCCUAUCUUGUACAUACUCUGAUUGAAUGUGUAAAUACAGAACUGUUACUUUAAAGACAGAUAAACAUACAUGUAGUGUAUGUUUAUAUACUGUAUACGCAGUGUUUAUGCACUGUCUAUAUACUAUAAAUGCAGUCUGACUGCUGGCAGUGAGACUAAAUAGAGUAGAAUAAAUGAAUAAGACUUUUAAGAAUUGUAGUUUAAGUAUUAUACUUAUUAUUUUAUUUAAUAAAUAACAAUACUUAAUAAACUAACUGUGCACUUUCAAAGUUCUCAGUGCCUCCUUUUAAAUAUCAGGGCCCUCAGAAUUCUAUAAAUAAUGUGUGGAGCUACUCAGAGCUUGUUAAUGGUGUAAAAAUAUAUAUUUUUUGCAUAGGCAACACUAUGCCUGUAUCGCUAGCAUUUUAAGCCUAUUGGGAGCAUCAGCUAAAACCGCUGUAUUUUGGAAUGCAGGGGGUGAACAGAGGUUGAAUAUUCAACAAAAGUUUGUACUUUGUAAAAGUUUGUUACUGCCACUAUGAUCAGGAGAUCGCCAGUUCGAAUCCUGUUCAUGUAGCUUACAAUCGGCUACCAGAGCCCUGAGAGAGCACAACUGUCCUUGCUCUCUUUGAGGGGGUAGAUGGCGCUCUCCCCCCACAUCACUCCAAAGGGUGAUGUCCGCAGCACAAGGCGUCUGUGAGCUGAUGUAUCGGAAACGAGUCACUGCGCUUUCCUCUGAGCACGCUGUGGUGCUACUCGGCAAUAAUACUUCAGCAGCAGUUUGAAAACAGGUGGUGGUUGAUUUCACAUGUAUCGGAGGAGGCAUAUGCUAGUCUUCACCCUCCUGGUGUUGGGGCAUCACUAGUGAUGGGGCAGUCCUAAUAAAUGGGAAGGGUAAUUGCCCUUGUAAA